UUGGCUCGUCGUGAUCUCGGACUGGCGGCAGGACAGUUGUGUUGUUAGUUCAGGAGCUUUCCUCUCGGUGCUUUUUAAGAGACAGAGCUGCAGUCCAAUGGGAGACAGCGAUGACGAGUUCGACAGGAGGAGGCGGGACAAAUUCAGGAGAGAGAGGAGCGACAUGGAGCGGUCCAGAGAGAGAGAGGAGAGGAGGAGGGACGACUGGCCCGACAGGGACUGGGACCGCGGCAGAGACAGGAGGAGGGAUUACGAUCGUGGUCGUAGAGAGAGAUUUUCUCCGCCCCGACACAUCAGCCCUCAGCACAAACGCAUGAGGAGAGACUGGGACGACCACCGGGGGGAGCCAUACCGGUACGACCUGCCGUACGGAGGAGGCGGGGCUCCGUUUCCGGCGGCGGGGCCUCAGGGCUGGCACCCCGACCUCCCCCACCUUCACCCACACCAUGGAGGUCACCCACUGCAGGGCAGGUUGGGGCUGGUGGAUCCAGAUCUCCCGCCUCCUGGUCCUCCCACCAUGAGGAGCUUUAAGGAGUUCCUGUUGAACAUGGAGGACAGCGUGGACGAGACGGAGUCGGUGAAGCGCUACAAUCAGUACAAACUGGACUUCAGACGACAGCAGCUGCAGGACUUCUUCCUCCAGCACAAAGACCAGGAGUGGUUUCGCUCCAAGUACCACCCCGAUGACAUCACGGCGAGGAAGGCAGAGUCUCUGGCCGCCCUCAAAACCCGGCUGGGCGUCUUCCUCUUCCUGCUCGACAACAACUGGCUGGAUAACGUGUCGCUGGACAUGGACCACGCCCCCGCCAUCAUCAAACUACUGGACGCAGCCGUCAUAAAGAUGGAGGGAGGUACAGACUUUGACCUGCAGGUCCUGGAGGUACCGUCUGCUCCCCCGGUGGCCGGCGGCGAGGCGAGCGGCAGCGGCGGCGGAGGAGCUGGGGAGAAGAGUCAGGGAGAUCCCAGCGGAGGGAGCGCGGGCGGUCAGACCGGCUCGGAGUCAACGGGGAGUCGGACAGAAGAGACGACCGGCGGAGAGACGAAGGCCUCCGAUAAGGACUGUGAAGAGGAAGCCAAGCAGAACGGAGAGGAGAAAGACGAGGAGGAGGAGGAGGAGGAGGAGGAGGAGAAGAAGAAGGAACAGGAGAAGACGAAGAAAGGCAGGAAGAGGAAACGCAGCGUGUCAGCUGACAGCGGCGAGGGCAGCGCCUCAGACUCCGACUCCUCCCACUCUGAUGGAGAGAAGGAUGAAGACGAGGAGAAGGAGGAAGAGGAGGAGGACGGAGAAGACGAGCGUCGUAAAGAGCGAGGGAAGGACAGAGAGAAGGAGGCUCCAGCGAAGCCCCGCCCCCUCCACCUCACCACUUCCUUGUUCAUCAGAAGCAUCCCGCCGGAGGUGUCCAAGGACGAGAUCACUGCUUUGUGUCGCAGGUACCCGGGCUUCCUGCGGGUGGCGCUGUCAGACCCUCAGCCUGAGAGGAGGUUCUUCAGGCGCUGCUGGGUGACGUUUGACCGCAGCGUGAACAUAAAGGAGACGUGCUGGAACCUGCAGAACAUCAGGCUCAGGGACUGUGAACUGUCCCCGGUGGUCAACAGAGAUCUGUGCCGCCGCGUUCGCACCGUCAACGGUCUGACCCACCACAGGCCGGUGGUGAGGAACGACAUCCGUCUGUCGGCCCGGCUCGUCCACAGUCUGGACCAGAGGGGGGAGCUGUGGGCCGGACAGAUGGAGACCAACCCCGUUCUGAAGAACAUCACAGAUUACCUGAUAGAGGAGGUGAGUGCUGAGGAGGAGGAGCUCACAGGGGCCUCGGGGGGCAACGGUGAAGAUGCAGGCGACGGCAAAGACCCCUCCUCCUCGUCUGAGGUUACCGUGGAGACAGAUGACAAGCUGCUGAAGGUGCUGGACAGACUGCUGCUCUACCUGCGUCUGGUUCACUCUGUAGAUUAUUAUAACUUCUGUGAGUAUCCUGCGGAGGACGAGAUGCCUCACCGCUGUGGACUGAUCCACGUACGAGGACCCCUGCCUGUCGCCAAGAUCACUGCAGCCGAGGUGAGUGAGCAUCAGAGAAUGUGUGAGGAGCGUCUGGCUCCUCUGCUUUCUCCUUCAGAGACUCUGAGUGAAGAAGACGCUUCCAGGCUGGGAAAGAAAGAGCCGGAACAAGAGGUGGAGAAGUUCCUGUCAGCGAACACUCAGGAGCUCAGUAAAGACAAGUGGCUCUGUCCUCUGAGCGGGAAAAAGUUCAAGGCUCCGGAGUUUGUGCGUAAACACAUCCUGAACAAACACGGAGACAAGGUGUCCGCCGUCAGACAGGAGGUUGAGUUCUUCAACAACUUCCUGCUGGAUGCCAAGAGACCCGCCUUACCUGAGAACAAGCCCCUCCCACCACCAGCACAAGCCGCUCCCCCCGGUAUGCCAGGAUUUCCUGCUCAGUCACCGCAGCAGCAAAGCCUUCUGGGAUAUCCUCCUGGAGUCAGACCUCCCAUGCCCGGCUUCCCUGGUGGUGCCCCUCCCUACCCCCCCAACCAGUUUGGGGCGGGGCGUGGUAACUACGACAACUUCAGAGGUCAUUUAGGAGGAGGAGGAGGGUUUCCUGGGAAACAGCGAAACAGCAGGGGCGUGCGAGGGGACCCCCGGUCCAUCAUCGAGUACAGAGACCUGGACGCUCCAGACGACCUCGACUUCUUUUAGACGCGACGUGAAACCACAGGAUGUUUUUUUAAAACUUUUUUAUUCCUACAUUUCCCAUGAUGCUCCACGUCGGCCAUCUUUGGUUGUGUGUUUGUUUUAGUUAGGUGUGUGUCAGUCAGCAGGACCAACGUACUGUCGUUACUGAACAUGUGAUUCCACUUUCCAAUAAAGAUUCAGGAGGA